AGAGAGGCUCUGCUGCUCCGUGCUUAGAGUAGAAGGGCUGUCCUUCCUCACUUCUGGGGCUGUGACUCCAGAAUGAAUGAAAUACCCCACUAAAAAGUAAUUUCGGAUGGAGAGGCAUAACUCUAGCACCCGAAUGUGUGGCUGGACUCAACCGUUCUGUGCUGCAGGGCGCCUGGGUACAGGGCCUCUAAGGACCGGUAGUCCUGUCCUUUUAAGGCUGGUGUCCCAGCAAUCUGGCUGGGGUGAGGUCCGGCCAUGACGGGCCCAGAACUUUAGGGGACGCGACCCGAGUCUUCCCUGGGCUCUUGCUUGGACACACCUUGAGGCUCUUACCACGCUGCCCGGUCUGGGCUGAAGGGGCGGUUCCCUACGAGGCUGGGCUCCGUGGCCGGGCGGUGUCGGUGGGGGAAGGGGCAGGUCUGGGAAGGAGGGCCCACCCCUUUUAGGCCAGAGACCGGUGCUGAGGCGGGGCGGGGUCUUGGGUGGGGGAUUGGGGCUCAAGGCCCAUACCGCUAAGGCCGGAUCCGGGCGCUAGGUUCCCGCGGAGUGGGCCUAGAUCCUCCCGGGAAUCGCCACGGCCGGGCUAGUCGGACUGGCCUGGGUUGGGUUGGGCCGGCCUGGCCUGGCGUGGCCGGGCUGUCUGCCGAGCGCUGAGGUCUCUGGGCGGACAGGCGGUUUAAAGGCCGGUGGCGGGCAGCAGUGGGCAGGGGCAGGGGCAGGGAUCGGUCGUCAUGGGCACAGCCUGGGGCCGCAGUUCUAGCCCCGGGAUCCCGCGCCUGCUGGGCCUGGCGCUGUGCGCGGCCGCAGCGCUGCUCCUGCGGGGCCCGGGCCGCGCAGCCGCCUACUUCCCGGAGGAGCGUUGGAGCCCCGAGUCUUCAUUGCAGGCGCCGCGGGUCCUCAUCGCGCUCAUCGCCCGGAAUGCGGCCCACGCGCUGCCCUCUACUCUGGGCGCUCUGGAGAGGCUGCGGCACCCGCGGGACCGGACCGCUCUGUGGGUGGCUACGGACCAUAAUGUGGACAACACUUCGGCUGUGCUGCGGGAGUGGCUGGUGGGCGUAAAGAGCCUGUACCACUACGUGGAGUGGCGGCCCAUGGAAGAGCCCAGGUCCUACCCUGAUGAGGAGGGCCCCAAACACUGGUCCAACUCUCGCUAUGAGCAUGUGAUGAAGCUCAGACAGGCAGCCCUGAAAUCAGCCCGGGAUAUGUGGGCAGACUACAUCCUGUUUCUGGAUGCAGAUAAUCUCCUGAUAAACCCAGACACUCUGUCCCUGCUGAUCGCAGAGAACAAGACAGUCGUGGCUCCCAUGCUGGACUCCAGAGCUGCCUAUUCCAAUUUCUGGUGUGGGAUGACUUCUCAGGGCUAUUACAAACGAACCCCUGCGUACAUACCCAUCAGGAGGCGGGAUCGCCGGGGCUGCUUUGCUGUUCCCAUGGUACAUUCCACCUUUCUGAUAGACCUACGGAAAGAGGCCUCUCGGGAGCUCGCCUUCUAUCCCCCACACCCUGAUUAUACCUGGUCCUUCGAUGACAUCAUUGUCUUUGCUUUCUCCUGUAAGCAAGCAGAGGUACAGAUGUUUGUCUGCAACAAGGAGGUCUAUGGCUUCCUCCCAGUGCCGCUGAGGGCCCACAGCAGCCUUCGAGAUGAGGCUGAGAGCUUCAUGCAUGCCCAGCUCGAGGUCAUGGUAAAGUACCCCCCAGUGGAACCAUCACAUUUUACCUCUGUCCAGGCCAAGGUACCUGAUAAGAUGGGCUUUGAUGAGGUCUUCAUGAUUAAUCUCAAGCGGCGACUGGACAGACGUGAGCGUAUGCUAAGGACUCUCCAUGAGCAGGAGAUUGAAUGCAAAAUUGUGGAUGCAAUAGAUGGAAGAGCCAUGAACACGAGCCAAGUGGAAGCCCUGGGGAUUCGGAUGCUGCCAGGUUAUCAGGACCCCUACCACGGCCGCCCACUCACCAAGGGAGAACUGGGCUGCUUCCUCAGUCACCAUCAGAUCUGGAAGGAGGUUGUGGAGCGAGGCCUGGAGAAAUCUCUUGUGUUUGAGGACGACCUCCGCUUUGAGAUUUUCUUCAAAAGGCGCCUGAUGAAUCUGAUGUAUGACAUCGAGGAAGAAGGUCUGGAGUGGGACUUGAUCUAUGUGGGCAGGAAGCGGAUGCAAGUGGAGCACCCUGAGAAGGCGGUACCGCAUGUUCGGAACUUGGUAGAGGCUGACUAUUCCUACUGGACCCUGGCCUAUGUCCUCUCCCUCCAGGGAGCGCAGAAGCUGCUGGCUGCCCAGCCUCUCUCCAAGAUGCUGCCUGUGGACGAGUUCCUGCCGGUGAUGUUUGACAAACACCCCGUCUCUGACUACAAAGAACACUUUGAGAAGCGAGACCUGCUGGCCUUCUCAGUGGAGCCCCUCCUCGUGUAUCCCACCCAUUACACGGGAGACGACGGCUACAUCAGUGACACGGAGACCUCUGUGGUGUGGAAUAAUGAAAAGGUGAAGACAGACUGGGAUCGAGCGAAGUCCCAGAAGAUGAAGGAGCAGCAGGAACUGAGCAAGGAGGCCAAGAACUCAGAUGUUUUACAGUCCCCUCUUGACAGCACAGCCCGAGAUGAGCUGUGAUCCCACCAAGCUGGGUUCCAGAAGCCCUGAGGGUCUGGCAACUAUUGGAAGCUGGGGUGGGCACAGCAGGGAGGGAGGGAGAAAGGGAUCUGGAAUGGAGCCCAGGCCACGGGAAAGGAGAACCUGGCACCGGGAUGGCACCCCACUGGCACCUCAGGUUCUGGGGAGACGCCUCCCAAGAUUAUAGGAAGAGGGAAGCAUGGUGGCAUGGGCGCAUAGUGGGAGCUUAAUAAGGAUGUAACAGAUUGAUCCUGCAGUGUGCCCUCCUGGAGAAUGUUCUCAUCUUCCUUUGCUUCAUGAUCUUGGGAUCUGAGAACCUGGAAGAGGAUGCCUGUGAAGAGGUUUGGUGUAUUUAAAAAAAAUCAAUCUUUUUGAGGUUUCUCACACCAGGAAAAAACCCUGCAGAGACCAUUUAGCCUCUGAGCAGUCAGGGGGAACAGGGCCUUCUCCAGCUUGCAGCAAAACACAUUUCCACCAAAGUCUGCCAUGGGUUCUUCUAGUCCUGGAGCUUUUCUGAAGGUCAGAAAGCCUCCUUUUUUUCAGCCAGGCUUUGACCCCUGGAGGACCAGCAGGAUGCUGGCCUGUCAGCCUGAUUUUCCGCCCUGGCAUUCACCAUUACUCAGGUGACCCUUUUGGUCUGGCUCAGGUAUAAUAUAGAUGCUUAUUGGAGGAUGACUGGGUUGCUCUGAUAUGAGGGAGUUGUCCAGCAGGCCUUGCAGCUGGCAGCAUGGCUGAAGGGGACCCCUCUGGGGGAGAGCUUUGGGCAGUGGCACCUUCCCACCCCCUCUGCCCUCAUGGAUUUAUGGUGACAUUGUUAGCUUGUGACCAAAACCAUCUUCAACUAAAAUUGAAUUUCUGCUCUAUGAGAAAAAAUUGGUCUUAUCAUUGCCAAUGUCUGAGAUCCUUUGUAACUUUCGGUCCUAUGAGCCUCGGUUUCCUUUACCCUCCUUACUUGUAGAACUGGCUCAUUUUUUCUUUUCUGGGGGCUGCCCACCCUCUUCUCUCUGCUCUCAGCCAGCUCAGCGGAACAAGGUGAUCCGAGCAGAGGCUUCGUUCAUCUACUGGUUUCUAAGAUCUUAGAGGGGAAUGGUCUCUCUAUUUUUUUUUUGCCUGUUUCUUCACUUCUCUGUUACUUGCUUAACCUAUCAGUCACCAGAAAUUUGGAGGGUGAUGUUCUCUCUGGCCUUUUGAGUGUAUGGCCCUUCUUUUUGAGGCACCUGGUGUGCCUUUCCACAAACCCCCACUCCCACUCCCACCUUGUCUCCCUGUCAGCCCAGAUGAAUGAAACAGUGUUAGACUGGGGAUUGCUUGCUUUUCUUGCAAGUGAUUCUUUUUUUGUACAGUAUUUUUAUAAAUGUUUCAUUGUUUCUGUAAAGUUAAAAGAAAUAAAUUGCUUUCUUGCUGUCUUCUUUUCUUGGAAUAAA